ACAUAUUUAUCAGUAGGCAAUCAAAUAGCUUAUGACCAACUUGUGAUUCAUAUUAAGUUUUCCGAUAUAUUUGAAGCGAUAAAUAGGUAUAAAACAUAAAGUGGUAAUAAAGUUAAAAGUUACUAUCCUUAAAGUCGUUAUCGUCACUUUAAAACAGUGAACUUUCGACAUAAUGCCAGCCUAUCAUUCGACGUUAGUUGAUUACACCCAGUCUGUGGGUAAUUUGGCUUUGCUGCCAAUUCGCACAACUUUCAGGGGGCCAGCACCUGUAAGUCCUAAAAUUGAAUUGGACAUCAUCGAUGAAGCCCUCAAUUAUUUUAAAGCUAACGUUUUCUUUAGGUUCUAUGAGAUAAAGUCUGAUGCCGAUAGGGUCCUCAUUUAUUUGACCUUGUAUAUUUCCGAAUGUUUGAAAAAACUACAAAAAUGCUCCAAUAAGAAUCAAGGCCAGCAAGAGAUGUACAUGCUGGCUAUUUCAAAGUUUGACAUUCCCGGAGAACCCGGUUUUCCUUUGAAUUCUGUGUAUGCUAAACCUUCCAGCCCACAAGAAGCAGACUUAAUGAGACAAUACUUGCAACAGUUGAGACAUGAAACUGGUGGAAGAGUUUGCGAAAAGGUUUUUGCGACUGAGGAUGGAAAACCAAGCAAAUGGUGGUUGUGCUUUGCUAAAAGGAAAUUUAUGGACAAGUCUCUCUCUGGACCAGGCCAGUAAUAUAACUCAUUAUGUAUUCAAAAAAACAUUUAAUUUCAAGCUUAUAUUCCAAAUAUUGAAUAUUUACAUUAAUUAUUUUUAUUUGUAAAUUGUUUA